AACAAUUUUUCAUUCAAUCCUCAAACAAAAAAACCAUAUUUUCCAACAAACAGUACCAUGUUUGAGGAGAAGGCUCAGAGAAUAUCGGAAGCUGCAAUAGCAUUGAAGGACGAAGCAGCAAAUGCUUGGGAUAAUGUUAAUUCUACGCGCAAUACGAUUCAAGAGAUUGUGAAUGAAGAAACUGUUGCUCAAGAAGCUGUUCAGGAAGCAACAAUGGCCCUUUCUUUGGCUGAAGCGAGGCUUCAAGUGGUAGUGGAUUCACUUGAAGCUGCGAAAGGAAGAAAGAGUGAUUUAGAAUAUGAAAGUGGAGGCGAAGAAUCGAAUAUAUUGAGGAAAGAUGAGGAAGCAGUCUUGAUUUCUAUAUCUGAUACAAAAGUUUAUUUUUUGAUUUAUGACAGGAUUGCCUUUUACACCAAUCGGGUGGAGAGAAUUAACCAGCUAUUUCUACAACCAGACAUCAUUACCGCUGGUGUCAACGAAGUCUCAUCAAAUACAAAGCCUUUGAUUCGUCAAAUACGGAAAUUGCCCAAGAGAGUUAAGAAACUAAUGGAGAUGAUUCCUUAUCAAGAGGUAAAUGAGGAGGAAGCUUCUCUUUUUGACAUGUCGUGGUUGCUGUUUGCAAGUGUCAUAUAUGUGCCUAUAUUCCAAAAAAUCCCUGGAGGCAGUCCUGUUCUUGGAUAUUUGACUGUUGUCAUAUUGAUUGAACCUUAUGGUCUCUCUAUUAUUCAUCAUGUACAUGAAACAAAGGCGAUAGCUGAAUUUGAAGUUGUUUUCUUGAUGUUUAAUAUUGGCCUGGAGCUUUCUGUUGAAAGACUGAGUUCUAUGAAGAAAUAUGUUUUUGGUUUGGGCUCUGCUCAGGUCUUGGUGACUGCAGUGGUGGUUGGCUUAGUUUCUCGCUUUAUUGCUGGUCAGCCCAGUCCUGCAGCAAUUAUCAUUGGGGAUGGCCUGGCAUUAUCUUCCACUGUUGUUGUCCUUCAAGUAACAGUUAAUGAGCAGCUUUGUAUUGCAGGAAUGAGGUGAGAGCAUGUCACGCCAUGGACGAGCUACAUUUUCUGUUUUGCUUUCCAGGAUUUGGCUGUUGUGGUUCUGCUGAUACUCACACCUCUUAUUUCACCGAAUUCAUCUAAAGGGGGCGGGGGGGUAAAAGUUCUUACUGAUUCUUAAAAUUUUAGGUUAUCAUACCACAUGUAUUGAUGAACAGCCAACUACCACAUCACCCUUUCUUCUGCAGUCUCUGUUAGGCAUAUGAUGUUUAACUAUAUUUGUUUCCUACCUGGGAAAGUCGAAUGAAUAAUUAUUGAAGAUUGUUUCACUUUUGAGCUUGUGUAGGAUAGCUGCAACUGCUAUUUUAGUUGUUUCUGCCAGUGCUAUUGCUGCUUCUUCUUCUUUUUCUGUUGUUACUAUGGGUAAU